AGCUAUAACAUUGCUAGGUGGAUUUUGGGUUUGGGUCCCUAAUUCCAGACGAGGAGGUGGUACCAACAAAUUUACACCUUUUUUGUAAUUUUGUAUCAAAAUACUUGGAAUAUUAUGAAAGGGCAUACGUACUAUAAGUGCACUAUGGGUACGUCAGAUUGAACUCACAUGAUAAGUAAUUCUUGGUUGUAAAUUAAAGUCGUCAAUUUGGAAUCGUUACUUAUCUUCCUCUUUGACUCUCCAGUAAUCAACAUGAAGCUUCUGCUCGCAUCAAUGGCCGUUCUAGCCGUGGCAGCUUACGGCUUAGAUCUAGAUGCCAAUGCGUGUCAUCCAUGCCCCCAGUUCUGGCUUUUAUUCAACGGGAACUGCUACCGUUACUUCGGGGAGCGGGUCACUUGGGAAGAGGCUCGGAAUCGCUGCAGGGAUCACUAUUCCUUGAAUGGACGGGCCGAUUUAGUAUCCAUUCACUCGGAACAGGAAAACGCCUUCGUAUACGACCUUUUCCGUUCUUCUGCAAGCAUCACACCGGAUCUUAGUGCUCCGCCAACUUAUGGGGUUUGGAUUGGUGCAUACCAGACAACAAUAGGCUCAACCGAACCUUUCAUCUGGUCUGAUGGAUCCGGUCUAAACUUCGAGCAAUGGAUGACGGGUCAGCCGUCCAACUGGAAAGGCAACGAGGACUGCGCUCAUUUGUGGCGUAGGGACGCAGAAGAUGAUAUCCUCCAGUCGUGGAACGACAUGCCCUGUGGAAAUGACCAGCCUUUCAUUUGUAAGGUGGCCCCAAAUUAGAAAUUCGAAUUCGGCUGUCCCUUGAAUUCGAAGCUUCCUUGAUGUAUCUGUGUGGUUAAGACUACAAUUUGAAUUCUUUGACAUUAUUCUGAAAUCCUUGGAAACUAGUAGUGCUAGCAGCAUAGAUUGACUCAAUAGGACUAUCAUAACGUUCCGAGGGUGUGGCAUGGAUGACCAAUUCUAUUUUCCACAGUCCAUUAGUCAGUCUAUCGUGUUUUCGCUUCAUUGCAAGGGACAAAUUGACGGUUUGGGAGAAGUUUACAUUUAGUUUUCUUUCUAGUUCAGUAUACAAAAUCCGUCACAUUGUUAAACGUUUAAGGCUCCGUCAUCCCGCCGUAUUUUAAAUAAACAACCGUUUUUUGUUGGGGGGGGGGGGUGUAUAGGCACUUCAAGCCCUUAAAGAUACAUGUUUAAAGAAAAUUUCCGGAGGAAAUUGGGAAAGGUUAAUUACAAAGUAUUUGUUAAUUGCUGUAUACGCUGAGGUUACAGAAUCAUCAAAAUGAUGGAAUUAGAGAUUCGAUUUUAGUCACGUUCAGUGCUCACAUAAAUGGCGAUAUGGGACACACACAUGUGCUUGAAACUUUGGUUCAAUAUUUCAGCUAUUUCUCGUAAUAUUUCAGAUCUAAAGGCAUUUGCAGAGCGACUCAUAUUAGAUGACAUUUUUGCCAUGAUAUUAUUUAAACAAAAGUAACACAUUAAAAGAAUGAGACAAAUUAAAGAUUCUUAUCCCUGUACCAGAACUCUGUCUUCUUUUCACGAGCGAAUGCAAUGUCAAUUAAAGAUGCUAGAUCCGUAGUGAGUACCUUCAGAUAUAAUUAAGAAGGAUACUUUUAAUUGGU